AUGGCGGGGCAUGACAACUGGACCGAGACUGUUAAUGCAUCGUUUAUAUAUGCCAAGUGUUCCAAGGCCGAAAGGCAGACCUUAUGGUCCGAAUUAAGCUCUAUCGCGAGAUCGAUCACACGGCUGUGGUUAGUGGGAGGAGAUUUUAACGUUAUCAGUACACUGGCGGAAUACACGGGUAGGGCUCCUCAAGAUCUUGGAGCAAUCUCUGAUUUUAACACAGCCAUUUCUAAUUGCCGCCUACAAGAGCUAUCUUACACCGGCAGCUCUUAUACGUGGUCCGGUAUUAGAGCAGGGACUCGAAUCUGGAAGCGAUUGGAGAAGACGCUGGUCAACCAACAGUGGCUAGACUUCUUGCCGAAUACUUCAGUUCAGCACCUCAACCAUACCAGCUCCGACCACUCGCCAUUGUUAGUGAGCAUGCGGCCUGCCAGUGCCAGUGUACCAAAAUCAUUCAAAUUUCAAACAUUUUGGAUUUCGAACCCUGGGUUUAUAUCAACGGUACAGAGUAAUUGGGAGCUGUCGACACAAGGGUAUGGUAUGUACCGUUUGGCGUUCAAGCUAAAGAGGUUGAAAACAUGGCUAAGGCACUGGAGCAAACAUCAAUUUGGAGAUAUAUUUCAAGCAGCUCGACAACACGAGAUCGAAGUUCAGCAGAAGGAGGUCCUAUAUGAAGCCAAUCCAACGGAGGAGGCGAGGGAGGCCCUUCACUGCGCACCAGGCCGCCUACUGCAAAGCUUACGCGUUCAAGAGGAAUACUGGCGCCAAAAGGCGCGCCUCCAAUGGUUGAAGGAUGGUGACUGCAACACACGGUUCUUCCAUGCCUCUGUCCGGGAGAAAAGAACGAAACUUGCGAUUCAUCGCAUUAAAGAUGGGGAGGAGGCAUGGGUUGAUGAUGAGGAACAAAUUGCGCGCGAAGCCGUUGACUUUUUUCAGCGGCUCUUAACAGCCGAAGAAGUGGGGGGGGAUAGAAGAUUUGCUAAUCUACGUCCCCGAGCUUGUUACUGUAGACCAGAAUGUGGAAUUGCUAGGGGAGGUAACAAUGGAGGAGCAGCUAGAGAUUUUAUGGCCGGCACACCGAUCCCGAAAGACAUUGCUAGUACAUUGAUUGUUUUGCUUCCAAAGAAACCUAACCCAUCUACAUUUGCAGAUUUUCGUCCCAUUAGCUUAUGCACCUUCGUCAACAAGAUUUUUAUGAAGGUGUUAGCUAAUAGAUUGCGGGCCAUCAUUCCAAGCAUUAUUUCUCAGGAACAAUCCGCUUUCUGUCCAGGCCGGGAUAUCGGCGAAAAUGUCCUCCUGGCACAAGAAAUGGUGGCGUCGAGGGGUUUUUUUCAGGCAUCACGCGGGAUUAAGCAAGGUGACCCCUUGUCCCUUAUUCUAUUUAUUUUGGCAUUUGAGGCUCUUAGUAGGGGUUUAAAUGCGCUGGUGGCGGGUGGUAGUGUCGCUCCUUAUGCAAUGCCGAGAGGCUGCACUAGUAUCACACACUUGGCUUUUGCGGACAAUAUUGUCAUAUUUGCUCGUGGAGAUAGGAGAUUAGUGGGCAAUCUGCUCCAUUUCUUAACACUCUAUCAGAAUAGAGCGGGGCAACAGAUCAACAAGCAAAAGAGUUUCUUUAUAGUGUUAAAGCGGUGUGGCGCUGGCCAAAUUCGCCAAAUCCAACAUCUAACAGGGUUCAGGCAUGGCUCCUUUCUUUUUUCUUAUUUGGGGUGCAACCUCUACGCUGGUCGUCGGAAAAGGGAGUUCUUCCACUUUUUGAUUGAGAAGUUUGUUGCUAAGCUGGCGGGUUGGCAGAAGAAGCUUCUCACACAAGGGGGUCGCUUGAUCCUAAUUAAGCAUGUUUUGUCUGCCAUACCCUUGCAUGUCCUGGCGGUCAUGGAUCCCCCCAAAGCGGUGAUCCACAGUCUAGAACGGCUAAUGGCUGGCUUCUUUUGGGGCCAAUCGGAGUUCGGGCCAAAACACCACUGGUGCUCCUAG